AUGCCAAAGAACACCAAGGUGACCCAGCGGGAGCACAGCAAUGAGCCGGUCACAGAGUCCGUGGCUGACCUUCUGUCCCUGGAGCAUCCCAUGGACUAUAAGAGCAGUCAGAUGAGUAUGGGGCUCAGUCCCGGAUCCACUGCCCCAGGAAAGUCCCUGCUCCCAGAACAAGACCUAGAGGACGGCCGACCUGCGUGGAACAACAAGAUGGAGUACAUCCUUGCUCAAGUGGGCUUCUCAGUGGGUCUGGGAAACGUUUGGAGGUUUCCUUACCUGUGCCAGAAGAACGGUGGAGGUGCGUAUCUGGUGCCCUACUUUAUCCUCCUCCUCCUCAUCGGCAUCCCCUUGUUUUUCCUGGAGUUGGCCGUGGGUCAGAGGAUCAGGCGGGGCAGCAUCGGGGUGUGGAACUACGUCUACCCACAGCUGGGGGGCAUUGGGGUUUCCAGCCUCAUGGUCUGCGGGUUUGUUGGCCUCUAUUACAAUGUAAUUAUCGGCUGGAGCAUCUUCUAUUUCUUCCAGUCGUUUCAGUAUCCGCUGCCUUGGGCUGAAUGUCCUGUCAAGAUAAAUGGAACCCAAGCCAUUGUGGAGCCAGAAUGCGAGAAGAGCUCAGCCACCACCUAUUUCUGGUAUCGCCAGACCCUGAACAUCACUAGCACCAUCGAUGACACCGGUGGCCUAAACUGGAAGAUGACCCUGUCCCUGCUGGUGGCUUGGAUCCUGGUCUGCCUGGCCGUCAUCAAGGGCAUCCAAUCCUCCGGGAAGGUGAUGUACUUCAGCUCUCUCUUCCCAUACGUGGUGCUCUUCUGUUUCCUGGUACGAGGCCUGAUGCUGAAAGGUUCGGUGGACGGCAUCGCUCACAUGUUCACGCCCAAGCUGGAAAAAAUGCUGGAGCCGCAGGUAUGGAGAGAAGCAGCUACACAGGUGUUCUUCGCCCUCGGCCUGGGCUUCGGGGGCGUCAUCGCUUUCUCCAGCUACAAUAAGAGAGACAACAACUGCCACUUCGAUGCAGCUCUGGUUUCCAUCAUCAACUUCGUCACCUCCAUCCUGGCCACUUUGGUGGUGUUUGCUGUCCUGGGCUUCAAAGCCAACAUCAUGAAUGAGAAGUGUGUUGUCGACAACACAGAGAAGAUCCUGGGUUACCUGAACACAGGCGUGUUAAGCAAAGAGCUCAUUCCUCCUCACAUCAACUUCUCCCACCUGACGUCUCAGGACUACUCGGAAAUGUUCGGAGUCAUCAAGACCGUGAAGGAGGACAUCUUUGGCCAGCUGGGUCUGGACCCCUGUAUCCUGGAGGAUGAACUUAAUAAGGCGGUUCAGGGUACAGGCCUGGCCUUCAUCGCCUUCACCGAGGCCAUGACGCACUUCCCCGCCAGUCCCUUCUGGUCUGUAAUGUUCUUCUUCAUGCUUAUCAACUUGGGCCUGGGAAGCAUGAUCGGAACCAUGACGGGCAUCACCACGCCCGUACUGGACACCUUCAAGAUCCGCAAGGAGAUCCUGUGUGUGGUUUGCUGCAUAAUAGCCUUCCUGCUGGGCUUGCUGUUUGUUCAGCGUUCAGGGAACUACUUUGUCACCAUGUUUGAUGACUACUCCGCCGGUUUACCACUCACUGUGGUUGUGAUCCUAGAGAACAUCUCCGUAGCCUGGAUAUACGGGACUAAGAGAUUCAUGCAGGAUCUAGAGGACAUGCUUGGCUUCAGGCCAUACAGCUUCUACUACUACAUGUGGAGAUAUGUGUCCCCUGCUAUCCUGGUGGUGCUCAUUAUUGCAACUGUCAUCGAGAUGUCAGUCAGUCCCGCAGGAUACAACGCAUGGGUGGAGGAGGAGGGCUCAGAGCGUUUCCACAGCUACCCUCCGUGGGCUUUAGCCAUGGCCUACUCCCUCAUCGUGGUUGCCAUGCUGCCUUUGCCCAUCGUCUUCAUUGUCCGCCACUUUAACUUGGUCUCAGACGGCUCCAACAAGCUGUCGGUGUCCUACCGCAAGGGCAUGAUGAAGGAUAUCUCCAACCUGGAGGAGCAGGACGAGCAGCGCUUUAUCCUCGGCAAGAAUCCCAGCGAGGCUCCCUCCCCUAUGCCCGCCCCACGCGCUUAUCUUGGGCCCGGCGGCACCCAGGAGAUGACCAACACCAACUACGGCACCAGCACCAAGACGGGAUACCAGAACAUUGGCUCUCCCGAGUCUGAGCUAUGAUCUAAUGAGCUCCACCGUCCUCCCGCUUACACAAAAGCCCACCCGUAUAGAAGGGAGGGAGAUAGAGAAGGUGGAGAAAAUUCAGUUGCAGCAUUCCUCACACCUUAACCUCCAGCGAAAAAUUCCUCCAUCCUCUCCUUUUCUGCUUCAUUACUACUUUACUGCACAUCUUUAUGGCAGUAACAGAGAGCAGUGAGGAAAGGAUGUUUAAACCGGCCAAGGCAUUAUUGGUGCUGAAAUAGAGAAAAAGAGAUACAAAUAGAUAGAUGUUAAAAGAUAUAGUUGGGUGGCAUAGAUUAUAACUAGAGGAGCAUAGAUUGGUUUGUGUUAUGCCAGUCAGAAAAAAACUAAGGUCUGAUACUUUUGCUCGGUUAACACACUAUGCUGGCCACUGACAACACUUCUCAGUGUGGAAACUGUUACAGUGAGAUUUACAAAGUUGGCUAUUUUCAGUAUCAGUGAGGUAUUAAAAAGUAAGUCAGAGGAGGCACAAAGAUGUAAGUAGAAUUUAAAAUGACAACUGUCUAUCAUGGGGGGGGCAAUUUGCAGAAGAUACGUGGAAGGCUUAAUGACUACUGAGUACAAUGACUAUUUAUAUUAUGGCAACCUGAAAUGUAAGAGUUAAAAGUCUGAAUGCCUAGAAUAUCCACAGGGCUAUGACUGUUUUCCUUUAUAUCAGCACCACUAUUUGCUAACAUAUUGUGCUUCAAGAGAAAUGGAAAUUUGCUCAAAUCGGAGAGGAAAUAGGCAACAAAAAUCCAUUUGGUGCAUUUAGACUUUCUCUGAGGUUAAGCAGCGGGCAAUGCUACAAUGUUUUGAGGAGGACAGAACUUAAAUUGCUUUUGGUAACCAGUUCGGGUUUCAAUUGGUUGAUUAGAUGUUGCUGUUGGAAUAGGAUUGAGGGAGACUUGGGGGAGAAAAAAAAAACAUCUGAUCCAUAUCAGAACACUUUUCAUGGAAAAAAAAAGUGGUUAAACAUACAUCCAUCACAAUAUGUAGUGAAAGAUACAGAUAGUGUUACAAGGACAUAUUAUUUUUGAUUUUUUUGUGCCUAUCAUGCAUCAGCAAUAAUAUCAGUGCUCAUGAAAUGACAGCUCUCCUCCUAUCUCUAUUUUCUCCUCUAAUGUACAUUAAAACACUGUAUAUAAAUGUAGUGCAAUAGUUUAAGACACCACCAUGCGUACACGCUGCAAUAGAGAUGAAAGAGGGCUUUACCUUUGUCCCUCAUCUUUUCUACAAGCACAGCACCACGGGCACCGGCCAUGUUUAGAGCAUCUCUGAGCCUUAACUCUUGUCUUUUUAGCAACGUUCCUCCUUGUUGAGCAUGGCAGGACUUUUACUGAAUGGUUUAGGUCUGCAGAUGCAGAGCAGGGAGUAUCUGUUUUAAGGAAGCAGACAGAGAAGUACGCUUUGUGUGUUUAUAUAUAUACACAGAUGUGCGUGUCUGUGCGCUGUCUGCCACUGAAUGAGUACCUGCCUGUUUAAAAAUAGAGCAGCGUCACCCAGGGGAAGCCGUGGCAACGCGCACCAUAGAAACAGAUUCUGGUCUGAUGUGGAGGAGGAGGAGGAGGAGGAGGAGCGGCAAGGCGGACACCUUGCUUUGUCUGCUCCACCUGCGUAUCCAUCCAUGCCCUACAUACAGUUCUCACCAGUGUUGUUACAGUGCACUGGAUAUAUGUGGUUCACUGCCAUGCCUCUGUUUACCUGUCAUACUUCAUCCCUGAGAGGAUGGGUCCAGGUUUAGGUGUUGUACAUUCCUCUAAUAAUAGCGACCACAAAAUUCAAUCAGCACUACAAGCUACACUUCAAUAUCUUUCUGUUAUCCAAAGUGUGAAAACAAAGCCUUUUUUUUUUUAAUUCCAACAUAUAAUCUUGAGAGACAGUGGAAAUGUAAUGUGAUGUUAAUGUUUUAAAUAAGUGAUAGUACCUGGAUUUGGCCACUGGAUGUCUCUGCUGGCCAGCAGAGGAACCAGUGCUGUUAUUUUGUCUGUGGCCCCUCCCUGUGAGAGCACCAACACCUGAGACUGCCUCCAGAAAUGGAGUGAAGCAGAAUCAGUCAGACUGUUUGGUGCCUGAGCAGCAUCUGUGUCGUCUGCCUUAUGCUUCUAUCAUCUGAUCACUGUUUGCUUUGUGGAUCGUCUGCGCCAAUGUUUUGUCUCCGUCACAUGAGCACUUUAAUUAGAUUCAGACCCUGGAGUUGUUUGUUAAGCACAAAAUUAGGGAAACAAAGAUAUUUUAGCAGUAUAUUUGUUCAUGAAGAGAAGGGGUUAUGAAUGUCAGCUGCAC